AGGCUGCACGACUACCGCAGCAUGGGGCUUCCUCCGGACGAGGAGCUGGUCGGCAGCAUCUGCCUCGGCUCCCGCCUCGAGGAGGUCGCCCGCGCCAGGAGGGGCGUUCCGGCGCAGCUCUCGGUGAGCGCGGGCGUCAACCUCUGCUUGGAGUUCCAGGCGUCCGGCUCUGGCCAGCACCUGGGCGACGUGCGACUCCCGCUGGAGCACAUCGCGCGCCGGUGCGGUGGUAGCCUGUACCACAUGUGGCUGCCUCUGAACAACACGCAUAUUGGGCCAGCAUGGUCGUCCACGUCGAGCUCAAGGCCCGGCAGCGCUCUGCCCGAGGGCACCGGGCUCGCCGACUCCGAGGGCUAUACCCUGGAGCACUUCGACAGGGCUCUGCGCAGUGCCGCCCGCGAUGCGCGGCUGCCGAUGGUGUGCCUCAGCCUGUGCCGCGCCGACCUGCCCGAGGCGGAGACGGAGCGCUACGAGCGCGGCUCCGCCGACGUGCAGCAGAAGGCG